CUUGCUUCCUCCUGAACCUCACGUCUUUCUAAUGUUCCAUGACUUAUCAAUCAUCCAGCCAUGGAAGCCAUGGAGAAAAUCGAUGACGCUGAGAAUGAAGCACGCAUGAAGAGAGGCGAGCUUUAUUAUGCCUUCACCCCCGCUUUGAUCGCCCAACGGGAGCGGUGUAAAAAGGCUUGCAAUAGGCUCAACCAAGAGACUGGAGAUGCCUCUCGAAGGAGGCGCCUUGAGCUUUGGAAGGAUAUCGCCAAUGACAAGUCUCCACACCCACCACAGGCAGCCACCCAAGAGGAAGACGACAUUCUACUCCAGGAUGUAUCAUACGUUGAGGGUCCUAUCAAGUGUGAUUAUGGCUACAACGUAAUGUACGACUCACUCCUCCCUGACCCUUGCUCCAGAGCUCCAUUUAAAUUGACUCUUUCAUAGACUCGGGAAAGGGGUUUUUGUCAACUACAACUGCACAUUUAUUGACACCU